AGUGUGUGAAACAAAAAGGUUAGAGGUUGGUCCUAGUCUGGGGAUGGCUGCUGUCUCUUCUCUCUCAGACACUUGAGAUGGCUUUUCCCAGCCGCAGGUCCAUAAACCUCAAGACUCUGGCCUGCCUUCUGGCGGGCAUGAGUUUCUUGGCACUGCAGCAGUGGCUCCUCCAAGCCCCGAGAUCCCAGCAGCAGGCGGAGAGGCGGGACGGCCCUACCGAUGCGCCCGCGGCCACCACGCAGCCCGUGGUGCUCAACCCGGGACCGCAGUGCGCGGCCAACACCUCUGCGAACACCACGGCCGACUUCGAGCAGCUGCCCGCGCGGAUCCAAGACUUCCUGCGCUACCGCCACUGCCGCCACUUCCCGCUGCUCUGGGACGCGCCGGCCAAAUGCACGGGCGGCCCCGGCGUCUUCCUGCUCCUGGCCGUGAAGUCGUCGCCCGCGCACUACGAGCGGCGCGAGCUCAUCCGGCGCACGUGGGGGCAGGAGCGCAGCUACGGCGGGCGGCCCGUGCGCCGCCUCUUCCUGCUGGGCACCCUGGCGCCUGAGGACGCGGCGCGCGCCGAGCGGCUGGCGGCGCUGGUGGCGCUGGAGGCGCGCGAGCACGGCGACGUGCUGCAGUGGGCCUUCGUCGACACCUUCCUCAACCUCACGCUCAAGCACGUGCUCCUGCUCGACUGGCUGGCGGCGCGCUGCCCCCACGCGCGCUUCCUGCUUAGCGGCGACGACGACGUCUUCGUGCACACCGCCAACGUGCUCAGCUUCCUGCAGGCGCAGCCGCCCGACCGCCAUCUCUUCACCGGGCAGCUCAUGCAUGGCUCCGUGCCCAUCCGCGACAGCUGGAGCAAGUACUUCGUGCCGCCGCAGCUCUUCCCGGGACAGGUCUACCCGGUGUACUGCAGCGGGGGCGGCUUCCUCCUGUCCAGCGCCACGGCCCGCGCCCUGCGCACGGCCGCCCAGCACACGCCGCUCUUCCCCAUAGACGACGCCUACAUGGGCAUGUGUCUGGAGCGCGCCGGCCUGGCGCCCAGCGGCCACGAGGGCAUCCGGCCCUUCGGCGUGCAGCUGCCCGGCGCCCAGCAGCCCUCCUUCGACCCCUGCAUGUACCGCGACCUGCUGCUUGUGCACCGCUUCGCGCCCUACGAGAUGCUGCUCAUGUGGAAGGCGCUGCACAACCCCGCGCUGAGCUGUGGCCAGAGACACAGGGUCUCCUGA